GGUUCCAAAGUCGCAACCACAGCUGAGAAUUUGAACUUCCUUUAACACUGUGCGCAGCAUUCUGGCCCAGCGACGGAACACAUUUGGAGGGUAAUGGCAGCUUACAAUCUGGGUGCCCUGGUUUUUCUCCUGCUAGUUCUUCUAUGUGCUGGUCAGAGGGAAGUGAAUAUUAAAACUCCAUAUUUCCGUGUGAACGGGACCGUGGGACACUCAGCCUGGUUACUUGUGGAAAUAGACCCGAUCCCAAAGGAUGCAGAAAUCACAUGGAAGUUCAAUGUAAAACCUCGCUCGACAUCCAUUGCUCGAUUUGAUAUCAGUCAGAAUAAUUUAAAGAUAUUUCCACACACUGAGUUUGAAGGAAGAAUUACACUGCACCAGAAUCUCACCCUCCAGAUAAACAACCUGAGGAUCACUGAUGGAGGGACUUACACAGUUAGUGUAACAGCAGGACAAGAUUAUACAGGAGAGAUUUCUCUCCAGGUUUAUGAGCCUGUGUCUGUGCCCACAGUGGAGCUGAUACAGAACGUCACAGCGGAGAGGUGUAAUGUGACUGUGCUGUGCUCUGUGAGCAGUGGAAGUCACAUUAACUAUACCUGGACGUGGCUGGGAUCCAAUCGGACAGAUGGGCCGGUGGAGCACGUCUCUGGGAACCCGGGGGAGCUGGAAGUGUCAGUGGGACGGUCUCACUCCAUCCACUAUCGCUGUACAGUGUGGAACCCUGUCAGUAAGGAGAGCGCUGAGCUCAGGAUAGAGACACCCUGCACAAAAUCACAGGAAGGUUCUUCGUCUUUGGAAAAUGGAAACAUUAUUUUGAUCAUCGUUAUCUCCAUCAUCUUAUUCUGUUUGCUUGUUAUACUUGCUAUUGUUAUCUACUGGAAGUUACUUCACAAGUUAGGAAGUGGAAACAUGGAAGAAAGUAUGGUGUUUGAUCACCAUCUCACACGAGUCCCCACAGUCCCCAACAACUACGAAAACAACACCAGUCCAGAGUCACCUUGCACAGUUUACGCGGUGGUGCAGCGCACGGACAGAACGUGAAAGGCAGAAGCAGAGUUAAAUCCAGCAGGACAGCAAAGACCACUGCUGCCUUGGCACUGCAAAGAGGGGCUGGACAGUCGAAGGGAAACAUUCCCCUCUCACCGUGGUCAAGACCAAACCUGGGCCCAUGUCUCAGCUCAUACUUUGUGCUUCUCACACAGUUUAUCUCCAUUGGUUCAACCUAAUAUCCUUUUUAUGAUCCAUGCUGCUGAAAAAUGUAUUUAUAGUACAUCACAUCAGAUCAUACACAUACUCACACGCACACACGCUCUCACACACACUCACACUCUCACAUUCUCACAUACGCACACACACACACUCUCUCUCACAUAUGCACACACAUGCAUACACACACACUGUCACAUACGCACACUCACACACACACAUACACACACUGACACACACACUCACACAAACACACACAUACAUACAUACACGCACAAUCUCACAUACGCACACACACAUACGUACACACACUCAUACGCACACACACUCUCUCUGACACAAACACACACGCACUCACAUGUACACACACUCACAGACACACAUACACACUCAGACACAUACAGACACACACACACUCUCUCUCACACACAUACUCACACGUACACACACUUACAUACACACUCAUAGACAUACAGACUCACACACACACUCAGAAACACACUCUCACAGACACAUACACUCAUACGCACACACUCAGACACACACACUCACAUGUAUACACACACGCACACACUUUCACACACACUCACAUUUACACACACUCACAGACAUACAUACACACUCACAGACACAUUUACACUCACAGAAAAACACUCUCACAGAGACAUACAGAGACACACACUCAGACAAAUUCUCAAGACACACACACCCACAUGCAUGCGCAUGCACACACAAGCAGCACACACCCAUACAUGCAGACACACACAUACAUGAGGUUUCGAAUGCCCACCCGACCUCCUGCACUGUUAGAGGCACAGCGAGGUUGGAUUGGUACCAGGUAUUGAUAUUUCUCAGGGUAGGGUGAAGAGGAACAUCAGCCCCUAGACUGGCAACUGGACUCAUCCUGCUGUUCUGCAGUAGGAGAGGGGCACAUUUCAUGUGAGCUUGAAAAAGGACAGCUGUCCCGUCAUCCACUUCACAGUGUGUCUUUCAGAGCGUCCUAAUACAGGCAGCGAAUGUGUGCAGAGCAAGAUCCCACCGUGCAAUGUGAUCGUAGCUGUGAAUCUGUAAGGACAGCUGUCCAGUGAGACAGAGAGAGAAUACCACUGUUUAACAUCUCGCUGUAAUCGGACACAGGGAUUCUACAACUCGCCAAGUUGCAGCCAAACUACCACGAGCGCUAUGGGAAUGCCACAGGGACCUACCUGGGCUCAGAACAACAUUCGUCCAGGACACAGCAAAAGUCAUUGACGCCUGAUUGGGAGAAUAUCAGUUCGGAACAGACCAGAACAAAUGAUUGAAAUCUCAGGUACGAGAGGAGCUGUUACCAGAUUGCAAACACCACUGUGAAACAUGACCUUAGUUUUCGCAGGUCAUGGAGUAAAAGGCCACCUUGGAUUGCCAGCUAAAGCUGAUUGAAACAAAGGAGAAGCUGCCAGGGCAUCUUGAACCAUCCACCCAGAACUCCUGCAAGACAGAGAAAUGACAGAACAGCAAGCAAUCGACUGUGAUGUAACUGGGCAGCUGAAGGAUAACCGCCUGCUGAACCAGGAGUCAGGAAUCUUCCCUAAAACCAAAGGCCGGAAAUCUAAAACAGGAACAGAAAUCGCUGGAGAAACACAGCAGGUCUGGGCAGCUUUCAUGGGGAGAGAGAGAGAAACAGAUUCCCAGAACGAUUCUGAAGAAGAGCCGCUAGACCUGAAAAGUUGACUCUGCUUUCUCUCUCUCUCCCUGCUGCCGGACCUGCUGAGUUUCUCCAGUGAUUUCUGUUUUAGUAGGAGGAGUCUUCUCGGUCUCUCCCAAUCUCAGCUACACGGGUCUGCCUGUCCAAAAUACCAGCUAUUUGCUACAGCAACAGGGAACCCAAACACUGGGCCUCAACAGAGCACCGUAGGUACUCAUUGGGACUUCCUCAAAUAUAUUACUUAGUCUUAAUCUUGUUUCGGUUUUGUCAUCUGUAAAUUCUUUUAAUAAUGUAAUCGCUUUAUCUCCAAUGAAUAUUGACUAAAAACCUGUUGGAACUAAA